GAAGGUGCGCUUUUUUUCUUCACUGCGCCUGCGUAGAUGUUUCUUUGACUUCCGAUAACAGCUAGUAAGCCAACGUUAUCCAGUAACGUUAGCUAUCAAGUACUAUCAGUAGCCCCAGCAGAAGUACAAGAUCAUACGACGGAUCAGAAAGUUUUUUUUUCUUCACCAGACUGCUCCCUGAAGGUGCCGCAGAAUUAUCGGUGUUUUCAGUCCUUUCCUCAACCUGCAAAAAUGCCAGCCGCACUUGCAGAUACCAGUCAGAUUAUCUGUGAGGUCUGGGCAAGCAAUGUGGAGGAGGAAAUGAGGAAAAUCCGACAGAUAAUUCAAAGCUACAACUCCAUUGCCAUGGACACAGAAUUCCCCGGAGUAGUAGUUCGACCCAUUGGCGAGUUUCGCAGCACAGUAGAUUACCAGUAUCAACUCUUGAGGUGCAAUGUGGACCUUCUGAAAAUCAUCCAAUUGGGACUGUCGUUUAUGAACGAGGAUGGAGACUAUCCUCCUGGAACAACAACAUGGCAGUUCAAUUUCAAAUUUAAUUUAACAGAGGAUAUGUACUCCCAGGACUCAAUAGACCUACUCCAAAACUCCGGCCUCCAAUUCAAAAAGCACGAGGAAGAGGGGAUCGACACACUCUACUUUGCUGAGCUCCUGAUGACAUCUGGUUUAGUGCUGUGUGAAAAUGUCAAGUGGCUCUCCUUUCACAGCGGGUAUGAUUUUGGCUACUUGGUGAAGCUCUUAACGGACACUCGCCUACCUGAGGAGGAACAUGAGUUCUUCCAGAUCCUCAAUCUCUUCUUCCCUGCAAUCUAUGAUGUGAAAUAUCUGAUGAAAAGCUGUAAGAACUUAAAGGGAGGACUCCAGGAGGUGGCUGACCAGCUGGAACUGAAGAGGAUUGGGAGACAGCACCAGGCCGGUUCCGAUUCACUGCUCACAGGGAUGGCAUUCUUUAGGAUGAAAGAGCUUUUCUUUGAAGACAACAUUGAUGAUGCAAAGUAUUGUGGGCGAUUGUAUGGAUUGGGCUCUGGGUCCACUCAAAAUCAGAACGGCAUCUCAAGCUCUUCCCAAGAGGAAACUAACAACAAGCACUGACCGACCACGAGGCCAUCAAGUGGAAGACUCACUUGUUUUAUCCCAUCCGGUAGAUGUUUCUCUUCUCCCCUCACUCCCAGAAGAAAACAUGAGAUUAAUUUCUGUAUCGAACUUCACCAGCUGCAAAAAGGGCAUUGGUUACCACAGACUCUCCUCUUGAAACCAUUUUGUUCUGUCAUAGUUGAUUUUACUGCGUAUUGUCACCAGUCAAAUUCCCUAUUGUACCACCAUUGAGCCUUUCUAGCGCCCAUCUCACAGGUCUAGUAUUCGGAAACCUUUUAUCUGUGUGUUACAGCAUUGCAGUAACUACCAUUCUUUUAAAAGCAUGGGACCAGCUCUUGUAUUGUACUGCAAAUGAUGUGUAUGCAUUUAAGUGCUCCCAAAUCAUUUCAGUGUUGGAUACAUGCUUGUAGGGAUUGUACACUUAAAAAAAAAAAAAUGAUGCUGGACAGAUAUGUAAAAUUUCACUGCAGCCAACCUGUUUUAACAUUUUCCUUUCAGGAAGGAGAUUUUUAGGUGGGUACCAGGUUGGUCUGAGUAUGAACUUGUUACAGGUGCACCCUGCAGUUCUGUGUAACAUUUGCUUUUAAUUUGUUCACUGCUCAGUUUAAACAGAUGUUUUUGGUUGCUAUUGUUUUUACAACAUACAUUGUUUGAAACAGUUGUAUAUUAAAACAUUUUCUAUUUUCAA